AAGUGUGACGCAAGUAUCGCGAUAACGUCCUGCAUCCACUGAGUUGGCGUGAGGCGGUCGUCGAGCAGGCAGUGUAGCCACAGUUCCGUUUACUCUUGUGUCACUGAUACCGCAAAGCUGGCGUCGUCCAUGAGGGACUCGAUGAAGAUUUUCGUCGGUAACGUGGAUGACCGGACCACGCAGGAGGAGCUGAGCGAGCUCUUCGAGAAGCACGGCACGGUGGUGAGCUGCGCCGUCAUGAAGCAAUACGCGUUCGUUCACAUGCGAGGGGCGGACCGCGCCGCCAAAGCGAUUGAGGAGCUGAACGGCCGGGAGCUCCACGGCAAGAAAAUGGUGGUCGAGCUGUCCAAGCCCCGGCCCCAAAACACCUGGAAAAUAUUCGUCGGUAACGUCGGCCCUGGCUACGACGCCGCCGAGCUGAGAACCUUGUUCGAAGAAUACGGGAAGGUGAUAGAGUGCGAUGUGGUGAAAGACUAUGCGUUCGUUCACAUGGAAAGAGAAAGCGAAGCUAGGGAAGCGAUCGACAAGCUGAAUGGCAGAGAGAUAAGAGGCAAACGGAUAAAUGUGGAGAUGUCGAAUAAAGCUCAUCGGCCCAUGAGCAGUAAUGGUAGUUCUCAUAGCGGUCGCUCACAUAGGUCUCAUGAAUACCGAGAUGCACCACAGAGCCGCUCUGAGACGUAUAACCGCAGGAGAGCAUCUGAAGCGGCGUAUGCAUCCUAUGCACUGAAAUCACCAUAUGAGCGCUAUGGUGGAGAUUCUGCGCGAUAUGACAGUAGAGUGCGUCCACCUUCCCCAAUGUAUUACUCGCGAGACAGGAGUCCCCUGAGGAGAUCGCCCACAAGAUCAUACUAUGAGGGGGCAAUGGCCUCGGCUGCACUUGCAUCAAAAUAUCGUUCUGCAACAUCAGACUAUAGUUCUUUGUCAUCCGCCUAUGGGGUCCAGACAACUCCGUCAUUUUCGUCUGCCUUUAGCAGCCAGACAUACGCGUUGUCUUCUGCUUAUGCUAGCCGAGCCCCUACUGCUGGAAAUCAGUCAGGAUACGAGAGCCAGGCCUCUGCAUAUACUGUAGAUCCCUCUUCAUAUAAUACCCAGGCAGCUGCAGCUUAUCGGCAACAACCAGCCUCGGGAUAUGCUACACAGGUUCCUUCAGUGGCGUCGGCCUACAGCACUCAGACGCCAGCCCACGCUUAUGGAUCCAUUUCUACCACGGCUACUCCCUAUGCGCCGGCAGCUGCACUGGGUACUGCAUAUCGUCAGCCGCAGACUUCCGCCUAUGAUCCCUCCCAAAUGUCAGGUCUUGGAGCACAGCCUUCUUAUUCAACCAUCCCGGCUACAAAUGACGUGCUCUUGUAUGAGCGCACCUGUCUGUCACCGCCCCGAAGUUCUGCUUCCGAUAAUUUCAAGAAAGCGGCAGAUGCUUAUAAAAGGCUUGCUCCUGACCGCCGUUACGCUGAAAUAGCUGAUUAUCGCCGAUUAACACAGAAGCCACAGGAUUCCUACCACCGAUCGCCGCCCAAGUCUAAUGUGGAUUUUCGUCGUGCAGCUGAAACACAAUCUGAAUACCAGCAGCAAUAUGCCGCUUACAAUGAUUAUCUAAGGGCGGCACAAGCAGCUAGCUAUCCGCGCCGUAUGUAACACAUCUUUUGGGUGAUUGGCAAUAGUCUGUUUCGGAUGAGUUUUUUUUUUUUUAUAUUCUAGGAUGACUGUCAAACAAUGUCCCUUUGGCAGGCAAUCCGAUUCCACGUGAUUGAUGGUCUGCUAAAGACACUGAUUUUUUUUUUUUUUUUUUUUUUUUUUUUUUUUAACACUGCUCUUGCUUAUUUGUUCGUUUGCAAGGCUUUAAUGUAGGUUGUCCAAAUACCCAUAUUGAAGACCUAUCCCCAGGAGUCGGACCCCUUCCAAUCUGAUAUUGAUGCCUAGUCUGAGAAUGGGUCAUCAAUAUGGGAAACCAGACAACCCCUUUAAGGCUUUGUAGAUAAGUUUCAUUUUCUUGGGGGGGGGGGGGGGGGGGGGGGGGUUUGCUUGUGUUCCCUCCCUAUCGUCUCUAAGCCUGUACUAAUGUUACUAGAUACAGCAUAUAAAGGAGAUAACAGUAAAAGUUGCAUCUAACUCUGGCGUUCCCAUCUUGUGAAAUACUUUGAACACAAGUAAAUAGCAUUCGAGGUGACGUUUGUUUGGUAGUCCUUGGGGGGGGGGGGGGGGGGCACCAA